AAAAAAACAACAUCUUCUCCCCUAAUUUUUUUGUUCCCUCAUAUAUUUAUUUCAUUUCUUAUACAUAUAUAUUUAACUUAUUGCACAUAUAAUGAACACAUUCUACACUCAAGACAUUUUUACAUCUCCUCCUUCUUCAGAUCAAUAUCAAGGUUACUUCACAUCACUUCAUAACCUUGAUUCCACAAACAACAACUUAUUGUUCCCCACUGUGAUGAUGGAUGAAACCAGCAAAUUAGAUUAUCAAUACUAUCCUAGUCCACCUUCUGAUGAAUUAUCAAAUGAAAUGAUGAUCAUGCCUGACAUGAUGAAUGAUUUGAAUCAACAACUCAACCAGCCCUUUGAAAUGAUGAUGGUCCCACCUCUUGGACAAUAUGAUCCUCUCUCCAACCCUUUCAUGAUGGUACCUGAAUUUCCUGAACAUAAAGCACCUUCCAUUGAUUUGAUUGAUCGAUUCAUUGCUGAGCAUGAAGCUGCAUUAAACUCCUCAGCAUCUACUUCAAAGCAACAACAACAAGUCUUGAAAGAAACUACCAACUGGUCUCAUUGGAAUUAUGCUUCUUUAAGAGGCACUUCGCCCGAAAUUCUAUCAGAAGGUCUAUCUUCUUCUAUCUCAACUACCACUACUUCUACUUCCAUGCCCUCUUCUCCCAUCAUCAAGCCCGUAGAAAAAGAAGCAUCUGAUAAGGACACAGACAAGAAGGUCACUAAACCUACACCUGGUCGUCGUGGUCGUGGUAAAGGUGUCAAGAACAAGAACCCUAGCAAAAAGGCACUGGCUGCAUUGGGUACCAAGGAAUCAUCAAAACAACCUGUCGAAGGCGCACUCUAUGUUUGUCAACACAACAACUGUGGUAGAUCAUUCACAAGACCUUACAACCUUACUUCACACAUGCGUACACACACAUCUGAACGCCCUUACGCCUGUUCUCAUUGUGGUAGAAGAUUUGCUAGACAACAUGAUCGUAACAGACACGAAAAGUUACACUGGGGUAUUCGUCCUUAUGCCUGUCACCAUUGUCACAAAUCAUUUGCUCGUAUGGACGCUUUGAAUAGACAUUUGCGUAUGGAAAAUGGCUGCACUGGUGUACACUUGUAAAAGACAUUUCUUAAUAUUCGCUUCAUAUACAUAUCACAUAUUUAUUCAUUAUUAUAUAUAUAUAUAUAUACUAUCUCUUUUCCUUUUUGUUCAUACCCCUUCACUUUCCUUUACAUAAUUUUUUCCUUUUCUUUUUUGUACUUUAACAUUGACUCCUCAAAAAAAGAACUUGUUGUAAAUAAAAAAAAAACUUUUUCUUAAUCAUAAA